AUGGUUACUGCUAUGCAGUUGGACCAAAAUAAUCAUUUUGAAGAUACUCGAAGCACAACUUCAACUUUAGUCAGUGGAGAAAAUAGAAAUGAAGACGAAAGAAAUAAUACAAAUCAAAUUAGACAUGAAAAAAGACAUGACACAAAUGCUAAUCCUGAUCAACUUGUUCAAAAUGCUUUAAAAGACUGGAGACUGAAAGAGAGAAUAAAAACUGUAUCAGGCCUUUUAGUUGUUUGCCUUAAUAUCGGUACUGAUCCACCAGAUGUCGUCAAAACAAAUCCUUGUGCAAAAUUAGAAUGUUGGAUAGAUCCUUUUCUACUUAUUCCCCAAAAAUCACUGGAAGCUAUUGGAAAGAGUUUACAUAAUCAAUAUGAAACAAUCAAUGGACGUACACGAUUUAAAUUAUCACUCGACCCCUCAGUAGAAGAAACAAAGAAAGUAUGUUGUCAAAUGCGACGAAAUGCCAAAGAGGAACGUAUCUUAUUUCAUUAUAAUGGUCAUGGCGUCCAAAGCCUACCACCAGUGGCGAAAUUUGGGUAUUUAAUAGAAACUAUACACAGUAUUAUUCCAGUAUCAUUAUUUGAUUUGCAAUCAUGGUUAGGUUCACCUGUCAUUUAUGUCUGGGAUUGUUCCGCUGCUGGUAAUAUCAUUAACGCCUUUAAUCGCUUUGCAGAACAAAGAGAUAUUGAGACUUUAAGGUUAGCGCAACACAACAACAACAACAACAACACAGCAGCAGCAGCAACAACAACAGCAACACAGCAACAACAGCACUCAAAUAAUCAUGGAAUAGUAUCAGCAGCGCCUACACCAUUACCGGUGCAGCAGGUAUAUUGGAAAGAUAGUAUUCAGCUUGCAGCUUGUGGUCCUAAUGAGACAUUACCUAUGAACCCUGACCUACCUGCUGAUGUAUUUACAGCAUGUUUAACAACACCUAUUGAAAUGUCAUUAAGAUGGGUUGUCAUGAGGAAUCCUUUAUUAACUUCAAAUAUUACAAUGGAUAUGAGAGAACGUACACCAUUAGGUGAACUUAAUUGGAUAUUCACCGCUGUCACAGAUACCAUUGCUUGGUGUGUCCUACAAGACCAGCCAGAGCUUUUUAAACGACUCUUUCGACAAGAUUUAACUGUAGCUUCUAUGUUUAGAAAUUAUUUAUUAGCAGAACGAAUUAUGCGAUCUUACCAAUGUACACCAAUGCAGCUGAAGCAGGUGGUCCUAGUUACGAAUAUCAAUCCAUCUGGCUAUCAGAGGAUUACGUGCUUUAAUCCUCUUGAGUCGUUUCUUGGACUUGGGUCCAUGGCUGUAAAUGCUGCUUUAUCAGUGGGUAUCUUCCCCUAUGUGCUUAAACUCCUUCAAAGCCCUGCUGCAGAACUCAAACCAGUGUUAGUCUUUAUUUGGGCACGUAUCUUGGCUGUCGAUCGAUCAUGUCAAAACGAUCUCCUUAAAGAUCAUGGCUAUGCCUAUUUUAUCAAUAUCUUAACACCUAACAACGCCAUGCUCAGUAUUCCUCACGUCUCUGAGCAUCGUGCCAUGAGUGCCUUUAUUUUAUCGGCAUGUCUAAGAGGUAACGUAAUCAGUGCAUGUCUAGCUCAUGUGAACGAUUCAGAUCCACUCCUUCGUCAAUGGAUCUGUCUUUGUCUCGCUCAAGUCUGGAAGAAUAACAUAGAGGCCAAGACUGCUGCAAUUUCUGAAAAUGGUCAUGAAAAAUUAUGCACACUUUUGAACGAUCAUGUGCCCGAGGUACGUGCCUCAGCUAUGUAUGCGCUAGAGCAAAUCCUUAAUAUUGAACACCAUAUUGCAGUUUCAGCAUUAACUGUCAUGUCGGAUGGAUCUCCUAUGGUUAGAAAGGAAUUUGUAAUUGCUCUUAGUCAUAUUGUAGAUCAAGCAGGCACAUCCAAGUUUUUGACAGCAGCAAGUCAAACAAUUGAAGAAGAACAACGUUUGUUUGUAAAUGAAGAUCAUGCACGCACCAAGAGCAUGUUAAGAGGAGGACGUCAAGUGCCUGGCGCAUUUGAUGGUAAUCACUUCUUUGGUAAUAGUUCGUCUAGUAGUUAUGAUUCUGUUUAUUCAGUGCUUUGGAAAGCUUUGUUGAAUUUAUCUGUCGAUCCUCACCCUGACGUUGCUAAAGCGGCUUCGAUUGUAGUGGAUCACAUAAAUAUGGCUUUGCUGAAUACGCCUAUGAUUGGUGAAUAUGCUUCAAACCUUGCACGUGAAGCUAUGAUGGCGGCUCAUCAGCAGCAACAACAGCAACAACAACAACAACAACAACAGCAGCAGCAGCAACAACAUCAACAGGAAAAUGCUAUAAAUGGUUUGGAUCGAUCUUAUUCACUUCAUUUAGGUGAGCAUGACAAAGGCAAUCAUAAACGUCCUCCUAAAUUAACACGAUCUGUUUCAUUUGCUUCGACAUUACGAACUUUUUACAAUUUUGGAAGCAAUCAACAUGAAUCACCGACGAGCCUAACAGAACAAUCAGCGAAAAAUAGUCAUCUAACUUCGAAACAUGAAGUGAAUCAUGUAGAAGAAACAAGCCAUACAUUACCUCUUACAUCUACUUUCUAUGAUUGGAGCUGUGAAUACUUCACGGAACCACAGAUGAGAGUAGCAGAAGCUGAUGAACCAGGAAGUGUUAUCUAUACCCAACGUAAAUGGCGACGAAGCCGGAAUGAAAAAAUUUUACAAGAAUCAAGCAUGAUGACAAAGAACCUAUCAGGACGUUGCUGGGAGGAACAGGUGAAUACGAUGUAUAAUGAUACAGAGGCCAGUCUACUGUUAUUACAUCAAUUUGAACCCCAUUUAGUAGCUGCUGAUCACCUAAAUUGUUUAGUAGUUUGGGAUUGGAAACAAGGAACGCCACUGAGUGUGAUUGAUAACCAUAAUCCAUCUCAAAGUCGCAUUACAGAUCUAAAAAUUAUGAUGGUAGUGGAGAAACAAGAGCAAGCUAUCUUAGUAAGCUCCUGGCGUCCUCUGAAAGAUAUGGAAAAGAGCAGUGCAAGACAAAGUGGACUAGUGACAGACUGGCAUCAAUCAAGAGUCUGGGAUGUACAUCAAGAAUUACCGGUCAUGGAUAUCUUUACACAAUCGGAAGGGUGUGUGACAAGUAUUACAGGCGAUCAAGUGAAUAGUAAUAUUAUCAUUGCAGGUUUUGGAGAUGGAUCUAUUGGUGUUUAUGAUCGACGUCUAAGCUCAGAUCAAGCACUUGUAAAGAAAUGGAAUGAACACAAAGCUUGGGUGACAGGUAUACAUUUACAAAGAGAAGGUAAUCGGGAACUAGUUUCCGGUGGAUUUGAAGGAGAAAUUAAGAUAUGGGAUAUUCGUGAAUCACGGUCAAUAAAAACCUUUGAAGCGCAUACACAUCAUGAGAUGACAGCAUUGGCAGUUCAUGAUCAUGCUAACAUUGUUGCAAGUGCUGGUGAUGAUCAAGUUGUCAAGCUAUGGAAUAUGAAUGGAAAUCGUUUAUCAACACUACAUCCAUCCUCCAGAUUCCUAGGACAAAAGUCUUCUUUUACUCGUACUUUAGCCUUCCAUCCUAAUUUAAUGCUCAUGGCUGCCAGUGGAAAUGACGGUUAUAUAACUAUUGUUAUAUCAUCAGCCUUUAUACACACGAUUUAA